GGGUAUCCAUCCAAAAGGUUGAGCAUGUCGGAGUUAACGACGUGGGUUUCUGAUAAGUUGCACGAUGUUCUUGGUUUCUCUGACAAAUACACGACGGAAUACCUCAUCGGACUCGCUAGGAACUCCGCAAGCCCCGAAUCCAUGGUGCAGCGAGUAUCAGAAGGUUUAAAUGUGGAUAGUAAGAUGGAAGCCUUCGCUGCGGAGCUGUGGUCUAAAAUGCCUCGCAAGACUCAGUCAGCCGAACAUCCGUAUCGAGCAAAAGAAAGAGCUCUGAUUGAGCAGAGACAGAAAUUUACGGGCUAUACUUUGGUUUCUGAUGACGAUGACGACGAAGAACAACUGAUCCGAGCUAAGGAAUCUAAGAAGAACACGAAACGGAAACAUCUGCGAAGGAAAACAGAAUCGUCUAGCUCGGAUGAAGAUUCUCCUGGUGGCGUUACAGGUGCGCCGAAGGAGACUCCAAACGAGUCUGACUCUGAUGAGUGGGAAAAGGAAGAAGAGGAAAGAAGGAAAGACUUACAGGAGAGGGACGCCUUUGCUGAUAGAUUGAAGCAACGGGAUAAGGAGAAGACAAGGAGUAUCAUGGAGAGAUCAGACAAAAAGGCAUUUGAAGAGGCAGCAAAAAGACUUAAAUUGGAUGAGGAGGAUAGAAAGAAAAUGAUUCCUGAUCUAAGGAAAAAGUCUCGUCGAGAUUAUGUCAAAAAACGAAGAGUUGACAAGGUGGAAAUGUUGCAGGAAGAUAUUCGAGAUGAUGAGUAUUUGUUUGAAGACAGUCAGCUCAGCAAGAGAGAAAAACAGGAUAGAGAAUACAAGAAGAAAGUUUUCCGUUUGGCUGUGGAACAUGCUAAGGCUGGAGAACUGGAGAAGGUGCAGCGAUAUGAAAUGCCACAGGAAAAUCAGAAGCCUGCGAAGUAUGAUGAAAUGGAAGUGGAGGAAUUGGGGCCUAAUUAUGAGCAGAAGAAAUGGGAGGAAGAUAAACUUGGUUAUGCUGUCAUGAAAUUUGGUGCUAAAGAUGCUAAAGACAAAAACAAGAACAAGGACUAUGAUCUGGUUGUGGAUGAAGACCAAAUAAAUUUUGUAAUGGCUGAGCAGAUUCCAGGGACAAAGGAGAAACAGGAACCUGAAAUGAAUGAAUACAAGAAGAAGAGAUUAACAAUCGAGGAGACUAAAAAAAGCUUACCAGUUUACCCAUACAAAGAAAGUCUCAUUGAAGCCAUCAGAGAGCAUCAGGUGCUUAUAAUCGAAGGUGAGACAGGAUCGGGAAAAACUACACAAAUACCACAAUAUCUACAUGAAGCGGGUUUUACCAAAGGUAAGAUGAAAAUUGGAUGUACACAGCCUCGGCGUGUUGCAGCAAUGAGUGUAGCGGCAAGAGUGUCUGAAGAGAUGGGCACAAAAUUAGGAAACGAGGUUGGAUACAGCAUCCGAUUUGAGGACUGCUGUUCAGAGCGCACUAUAAUAAAGUACAUGACUGAUGGAAUGCUUCUACGUGAGUUCUUAAGUGAACCUGAUCUUGCUGGAUAUAGUGUGCUUAUUAUUGAUGAGGCCCAUGAGCGAACACUCCACACUGAUGUGUUAUUUGGCUUGGUGAAGGACAUUGCUCGUUUCAGAACAGAUCUUAAACUGCUCAUAUCCAGUGCAACUUUGGAUGCCGACAAGUUCUCAAAGUUCUUUGAUGAUGCACCCAUCUUUAGAAUCCCUGGUCGACGUUUUCCUGUGAAUAUUUAUUACACAAAGGCCCCUGAAGCUGAUUAUCUGGAAGCUGCCGUUGUGACUGUGUUACAGAUUCAUGUGACUCAGCCUCCGGGCGACAUCCUGGUAUUUUUAACCGGUCAAGAAGAGAUCGAGGCAUCACAGGAACUACUGCAAGAGAGGACGCGUAAACUGGGCUCUAAGAUCAACGAACUUAUGAUUCUGCCCAUUUACGCCAACCUUCCAUCGGAUUUACAGGCCAAGAUAUUUGAACCCACCCCUCCUGGAGCAAGAAAGGUUGUCCUGGCAACAAAUAUUGCGGAGACAUCUCUGACGAUAGACGGCAUCAUUUACGUCAUAGAUCCUGGAUUUUGUAAACAAAAGAGUUACAACCCUCGAACAGGAAUGGAGUCUCUUAUCGUCACACCCAUAUCAAAAGCCUCAGCCAAUCAGCGGGCAGGGCGUGCAGGUCGCGUGGCAGCAGGCAAGUGUUUUCGAAUGUACACAGCCUGGGCAUACAAGAACGAGUUGGAGGAGAACACCAUUCCUGAGAUCCAGAGAACGAAUUUGGGCAAUGUGGUGCUUCUCCUAAAGAGCUUGGGCAUCAACGAUUUGAUUCAUUUUGAUUUUAUGGACCCCCCUCCAGCAGAAACUCUGAUCAUUGCACUUGAACAGCUUUACGCUUUAGGAGGUCUAAAUCAUCAUGGAGAGCUCACCAAGCUUGGACGUCGCAUGGCAGAAUUUCCAGUUGAACCGACCAUGUCAAAAAUGUUGAUUGCAUCGGAAAAAUACAAAUGCGUGGAGCAGAUUCUCACCAUCACCGCCAUGCUAUCGGUAAACAACGCCAUUUUCUACCGUCCCAAGGAUAAAGUUGUGCACGCGGACAACGCGCGCAUUAACUUCUUUCGUCCCGGCGGAGAUCACCUGACCUUGUUGAACGUGUAUGACCAGUGGGUGGAGACUGGGUACUCCACGCAGUGGUGCUUUGAGAACUUUAUACAGCACCGCUCCAUGAAACGAGCACGUGACGUCCGGGAACAGCUGGAAGGACUAAUGGAGAGGGUAGAGAUUGAGAUCUCGUCGAAUCCGAACGACUCGGUUCCUAUAAGAAAGGCGAUCACAGCUGGCUACUUUUACCACACAGCCAGGCUGAGCAAGAGUGGACAGUACAGGACAGUCAAACAUCAGCAGACUGUCAUGAUCCAUCCUAACAGUAGCCUGUUCCAGGAGCAGCCCAGAUGGGUCAUCUAUCACGAGCUAGUGUUCACUACUAAAGAGUUCAUGAGACAGAUUAUAGAGAUUGAAAACAAAUGGCUUCUGGAGGUGGCACCUCACUAUUAUAAAGCCAAGGAACUAGAAGACAGCUCUAGUAAGAAGAUGCCAAAAACAGCUGGAGUCACACGAGAGCAGGCCAGGUCAACGUGAUAAUGGAUUGCGUGACAAAAAACACCGCGUCACGCCGUUUUCUAACAUCGACUUAAAAUGGAAUGGCAAUUUGUGUAAAUACUCUGCGGACAGUCCACUGGCUGUGAAAAGGAAAAUGCCUCAUGUUGGGUUUAAUAAACAGAGCUUCUCUGCUAUUAAGCGGGAAUAACGAAGAUAUUUGUUAUCAUGGAAUCACUGUAUGGUGCUUGCUGAAAAGACUAUGGAGCCUCGCAGUCCAGUCUCCCCAGCGUCACGCAACAGCUAAGAGCGAGACGACCAAAACAAAGGCUACAAAGUGAGACCAAAGGAGACUACUCGAACCUGGAUGAAGAGAUUUUGCCUUCGUAAAGCUGAUGGCCAUAAUGCGGAGAAACGUGGUUUUAGUCAAAGCUGCUCAGUCUGAUUCAGUGGUGUAAAGAGCUUGAACAGCAAAGAACGUCAACGGCUCGAGCUUUAGCGUGGAAACUCAAGUUAUUGAUAGCUGUAUUACUUUGAAUGUGGUUUUCGACUAUAAAUCUUGUCUUUCUGUGUAAACCUGGCAGAAUAUGUCAUUGACUGGAACGUCUAUCCCACUGUACAUUUCGAGAACAGUUUUUCUGUCCCUUUUUCCUUCACCAUCGUGGAUAAAAAAAUAUGCCCUGGUGUACGUCGAAGGCAUUUUAUUGUACAUUCAGACAUUCAAACAUUCAUUCACAGAAAGAAUGUUUAUUCUUGAUCUUCUAGAGGAUGUUGCCCGUGUAGUUAGCUUUCCACGGUUGGCUUCAUAAUAGCUUGAACAGUUGUCUUAAAUAAAAUGCUUUAAAAAGUA